AUGAAAGUUCUCGCGGCGGUCAUUUCUGCAGCUGCUACUGCUCAAUCUUUGGAAGACCGAGGCUCGACCACUGCUUGGACCUCGAUCGAGACUGCCUACAGCAGUCUUUACGAUGCAAUUCUGACCGCAUACUCCAAUACGAACAUCCCCGGUGUGAAGAAAGCCAAUCGACUUCGAGACUUUCUCAACAAAGUGGACAAUUUUCCGACUCGAGCUGCUCAAGGGACUUACGAUCUCAGUGGAGCAUAUUCAAGCGGCGAUCUGAACGCUUUUGUGUUUGAUCUGAUACCGAACUCUGUCCGAAACUUCUCCUACCAAACAUUUGAUGAUAUUUGUCUCUUGAAAAACGAGCAAGUUUUCACUAUCAGGGCUCAAACAUCAGCGACUGUGUCUGGUGCACAGACAGACGGAACAACCAACUUUCAAAUUCCAAAGGCCGGCUGCGACACUUGGUUCGACCUUGAUGACCCUAACAAAGACGACCAAGAGCCUGGACAAAUCGAUACUUUCGUACUCGAUGUUUCUUCUCUUCCUGCAAGCUGCCUCGAGAACCUUGGCGAUAUCAGAAUCUGGGAGAAAGACAAUGAUGGAUGGUACCCAGACUGGUUCGAAGUCACUGUUGUCGACAAAACAGCUUGCACAACCACUGUGUACUCAUACGAGGGCUUGCAAUGGGUCGAAUUUGGCGAGACUUCUUACAGCCAAAACGCUGCUCCAGUUGUCACCCAGUCGUAA